CUGUCACACAUCCCCUUCCCUCCAAAUCUCUCUAAACUUGGUUUUCAAGACUCAUCACUCCGCAUUAUAAAUAAAAGCCACUGGUGACGGUUAAUUAACAAUCCAAAAUGGCACCUCCCAAUUUCAGAGCCUAUUCUAUUAUUCUUAUUCUUCUUUUCGUCAAUUCAGGAAGCGCCCACAAUUACCAGGAGGCAUUGUCCAAGGCAAUCCUAUUCUUCGAGGGCCAACGUUCGGGUUUCUUGCCGCAAGACCAGAGACAGAACUGGCGCGCCAAUUCGGGCCUCGGCGACGGCUGGACCUACAACGUCGACCUCACCGGCGGCUACUACGACGCCGGCGACAACAUCAAAUUCGGGUUUCCGAUGGCAUUCACCACCACAAUGCUGUCCUGGAGCGUCAUCGAAUUCGGAGACAUGAUGCCUCCCAACGAGCACCGGAACGCCUUGGUCGCAAUCCGUUGGGCAACCGAUUAUUUGCUCAAAACUGUUUCUCAGCCAAACCGCAUUUUCGUUCAGGUGGGUGAUCCAAUCUCGGACCACAAUUGUUGGGAAAGGCCUGAGGACAUGGACACAAGCAGGACAGUGUAUGCUGUUGAUGCACCAAACCCAGCUUCAGAUGUAGCUGGUGAAACUGCUGCGGCACUAGCUGCUGCAUCAAUGGCUUUUCGUUCAUCGGAUCCUGCUUAUUCAGACACUUUGCUUCGAAAUGCUGCUAAGGCCUUUCAAUUUGCAGAUACCUAUAGGGGUGCCUACAGUGACAAUGCUGAUGUUAGGAGUGGUGUUUGCCCAUAUUAUUGUGACUUCGAUGGUUAUCAGGACGAAUUGUUAUGGGGAGCCGCAUGGCUAAGGAGGGCCACUCAGGAUGAAAAUUUCCUCAACUACAUUCAAAGCAAUGGUAAAACCCUUGGUGCUGAAGACAAUAUAAAUGAGUUUGGUUGGGACAACAAACAUGCUGGCCUUAAUGUUCUUGUCUCCAAGGAAGUUCUAGAUGGAAACGUAAUGUCUCUUGAAUCCUACAAGACUUCAGCAGAGAGCUUUCUGUGCACACUCAUACCCGAAACAUCAAGUUCACAUAUAGAGUACACUCCCGGUGGACUCAUAUACAGGCCUGGGGGCAGCAACUUGCAACAUGCAACUUCAAUUGCUUUCCUUGAAUUGGUUUACGCCAAUUACCUAUCUCGCACUUCGCAAACCAUAAAUUGUGGGAACAUCUAUGUUAACGCACAAACACUUCGCCAGCAUGCUAAGAAGCAAGUUGAUUACAUUUUGGGAGAUAACCCAAUGCGUAUGUCCUACAUGGUUGGCUACAGCAACAAGUAUCCGCAACAUAUUCACCAUCGUGGCUCCUCUUUACCCUCUAUUAAGGACCAUCCUCAGUUCAUUGCCUGCAAAGAAGGCUCAAUCUACUUCAACUCAAGCAAUCCUAAUCCUAAUGUUCUCGUGGGAGCCAUUGUGGGAGGACCCGGAGAAGAUGAUGUGUAUGAGGAUGAUAGGGCUGAUUUUAGGAAGUCCGAACCAACCACAUACAUUAAUGCACCAUUUGUUGGGAUUUUAGCAUACUUUGUUGCCAAUCCCAACCCUUGAUUAGUUACUAUAAUUGGCGUACAGCUUUUUGUAAAUAAAAAACAUAUAUAUACUACAGAAAAGAUGUCUCUCAUCUUGAGAAAAAGCAAGAGUGAAGAGGUUUGCUCUGUGUUGGAUACGUAGGAGGAAUGCUACAGAGUUUCAAGUCCCAGAAAUUGUUCGUAUCUUUUUCACUGGGAAGCGUGAAGAGCAAAAAGCUCGAUUACAACAAGGUUUUUUUUUUUUUUUCUUGCUUUGGCCAAGAAAUAUGAGUGAGAUUGCCAUAGUGUGGAUUUUUCUUUCUUUCUUUUUUUCUUUUUUACUCAACACAUCAUAUUGUGUGUAUCAUUCUUGAUCAUAAUUAUUUGGAAAAUCAAAUGUGUGGUUUCCUUUGUCGUGAAUUUAAUAAAAGAUUUAGGCCUUGUUUGAA